AUGACUAAUUCCAAAAAUAAUGAUGAUAAUGAAAAAAUCCAAGUAAAGGAAAUUGAGGAAAGUACUGUUCAAACAACAAAUAGUACUAGAACUGCUGAUAUAUGGAAUUUGUAUGGUAUGAUUGAUGCUGAUCCUAUUUCCUCAACCGAAUCUGACGAUAUCCAAUAUGUAAGUAUGGUAGCAAUUGGAGCAGCAACUUCUGCAGCUCUAUGGAAAGCUUAUUUUUAUAGACCAGAAGAGAUGGAUGACUUUACUACUUAUUCAAUGUACAUCGUCACUGUUUUAACUAUUGUCGGAGCGUUUUAUGUAAUUUCAUCAAUGAGAAAAAGAGAAAGAGAAGAAAAGUUAAAAUCUUUAAAAUCAAGUCAAUCAUCAAGUUCAGAUAACAACUCUGAUGAUUCUAAAAAAAACAAAGAAACCACUAUAAACGAUGAAGACAAUAAGGUAUCAUCUAAUAAUAUGAGAAGAAGAAAGAACAGAGCUGAUUGA